CCAACACACACAUUUUUUUUUCCACUGAUUAAGUUUCAGUAGGAAUCUGAUGAGCCAAUGGCCUCUGUGUCUAUGGCUUCAUCCUUUUGUUUCCGCCAUUAAAACUUCGCCAUCCAUUUUUAACCUAAGAAAUCAACACCCUCCAUCUGUUCUCUUCUAUAAAACUCCUCGUCAAGAUUCCCCUUGUGGCGGCCCCCUCUCAACACACCAAAGGAAAAAGAGAAGGAAGAAAAAGCACGGGCGUGAACGGUCUGUCUUUGUCGCCGCCUUGUCGACCUUGAAUUUUUCCGACAAGGGUUCAAUUAUUUGCAGCUUCUUGUCAACUUCUCGACAAAAUUUUGUGUGAAUGGGGUUUGACAUCUGGUUGACCCCGUAUCGAAUUUAGGCUUCUGAUCGAGCGUAGGUAGGCUUUUUGAGUUGACUUGGGUCAUUUUCGUAAGAUUGUAUCUAAUUGGUAAAUCUGCCAGCGUUUUGCUGGUAUAAUGGAUGACGGGGAGCUUGAGUUUUCAAACCAUGAAAUGUUUUCGAACUCGAGUUUUGGUGAUCUUCCAAGUAGUUGCUCUAUGGGUAGCUUCCUUGAUGAAAUUCUUAAAGAUACCCAUGCCUGUACCCAUACCCAUACUUGCAACCCGCCUGGUCCUGAUAACUCGCACACCCACACUUGUUAUCAUGUCCACACAAAAAUUGUGCCUGCCCCAAGCGAAGAUAAGACCCCCACUGAUGACACUGCUGAGUCCACUGAAAAGAAGUCAAAGAAACGACCUUUAGGGAACCGUGAAGCUGUGCGCAAGUAUCGGGAGAAGAAAAAGGCUAGGGCUGCUUCAUUGGAGGAUGAGGUUGUUAGGUUGAGGGCUUUGAAUCAGCAACUGAUGAAGAGGCUGCAGGGUCAGGCUGUUUUGGAAGCUGAAAUUGCAAGGCUUAAGUGCUUGCUUGUGGAUAUCAGAGGAAGGAUUGAAGGUGAGAUUGGAUCUUUCCCAUAUCAGAAGUCAGCCAACAAGAGUGGGGAUGCUUAUCUUGCUAAUCAUAAUCUGCCGGCUGCAUAUGUGAUGAAUCCAUGUAAUGUGCGAUGUGAUGAUCAACUUUACUGUCUUCAUCCCGGAUCAGAAGGCAGAAGUGCUGAAGCUGCAACAUUGAAUGGUCAAGGCUUCAAUGAUUGUGAAUUUGAGAAUCUUCACUGUUCAGGCAACCAAAAUUCAGGCUUGAAGGAGCUUCCUGGUUGUGGAAUGGGCAAUGGCGUGCCUUCUACCAAUACUUCUAACGGGAAUAAAAAAAAAGGAGUUGCACGCUCCGGAACAGGAGGUUGACAAGCUAUCGUGGAUGCUUCCUCAUUGUUUUCUUUCAGAGUCUGGAAGUUAGGCCAUCAUCCCUUGAUCUAUGAAGCUCCAUAGGGGGGGGAUUGUUUUCAGAUCUUUAUGAACCAUCAGCAGCCUUUAUUUUGUGAAUGUGUUAUGUAAAGCAGAAUGGCUCCCUUAGUGUAGCUGGCAGAUGCUAUGAAGAGGAAACCAAAUUUCUUGGUUUUCUAUCAGCUUGAUAGCUUUCUUCAUCAGCGGUUUAUUCUUUUUUUCCAGACACUAAUUAUUGUUAUUUAAUGCGUUUAUUCCUUAUGUGUCUAACAUUUUGCUCUGAAAAAAAAAGAAGCUUUUUAACCUUUUCA